GUCUCUUACGACCACUCCGGCUGAAUGGAUUUCCUGCCAACAUUCUCUGGAUUUACGCUUUGACGCUUCUAAUACAACAGUUGAACCAGUUUUUCUUUUAAUAAUUUAAUUUGUCUUACCAAGAAGAUCAGCAUUCAUCCUUCCGAACACCAAAGCAACAAUAUGACGCAGCCAAGUGUACAAAUUACCACCGAACAACUGCAGUCACUAAUCGAAUCUGUGCGUUUAGCUGCCGUAGCAAGCGCCAGCAGUGCCGCCGCUCCUGCCACUGUCCAAACCAAGGGCAGCUUCACCAACUGUACAAAGCAUUUUCGAGGUCAACGCGACCACGAGGCCGUAGAGGAGUUCAUCACCUCCAUUGUUACCUACAAAGAAGUCGAGUCGAUCAGCGAUGAAGACGCACUUAAGGGGCUAUCUUUACUAUUCUACGGUCUGGCGUCCACUUGGUGGCAAGGCGUGCGUAAAGAGGCGAAAACUUGGGCGGACGCCAUCGCUCUGAUACGCGACCACUUUUCGCCCACUAAACCCGCUUACCAAAUUUAUUUGGAACUUUUCGGCAAAAAGCAAGACGAUCGCUGCGCCAUUGACACAUUCGUUUGCCAGAAGCGCGCAUUACUCGCUCAGUUGCCCGAGGGACGUCACGACGAGGAAACCGAAUUGGAUUUAGUUUAUGGCCUGCUAAAUGCAAAUUAUCGUAGGCAUUUACAACGCCAAGAUGUCAACACGUUUCGGGAGCUGUUGGAGAAGGCGCGCAUACUCGAAUAUAACAACUUGGAAUUCGGCAUGAUGCAGUGGGCGCUAGUGCAUGGUAUAAAGCGCCCGAAACGUUGCAGCCACUGCAAUUUUCGAGGUCACACCUACGAGGAGUGUCGCAAGCGCAAAACUAGUGAAGGCAAAAUUAAAGAAGUCAAGAGCAGUGAAAGUGAAUCCAAAGAAGAACAAUAAAAAGUUAGUUGAAAAUGUUUCCCCGCAAGGAUGAGAAGAAAUAUGAAGAGCAUUUACAACCUGUGCAUUAAUUUACAUCAACAACACACAUCACCAGUCAUCAACAGCUGUACAGCUGCCCAGUUCGUACCGCGACAGAGUAGUAAAAGUAAUAGCAGCUUCAUAUUCUUGCAAUCAGCAGUGGCAGAGCGGUAGAAUUUCGCUUAAAGCGCCACAAAAAAAAAAAAAAAAAUAGAA